AGCCGAAAGUUGAUAGGUUCCCGACCGGAAAUAUUAGAAUAGUGGAGUGGAGUUCGACACUCGAGCACUGGAAAAUGAGUCUGGGAUUACCCGGUGAUUGGGAGUUCAGCGGGAUGGGGAGGAGAUAGACGGAGGGCGGGUGGGUUCUAGGACCCGGUGGGGUCCCAGCCGCCGAGAGGGUAGCCAGUUGGCGGCGGGAGGGGGGAAUGGAGCGGGUGAUCCGCUGCGCCCUGUUGCUGUUGCUGGGCGGCCUGCUGCUGCUGCCGGAGGCCCAGUACGAGCAGUACAACUGGCGGAGCUUCCCGCAGGGCGAGCUGGUGCCGCUGGACUCGGCGUACCGCUACGCGCUGGAGCAGUACGCGGCGGGCAACUGGCGGGAGAGCGUCCGCUACCUGGAGCUGAGCCUGCGGCUGCACCGGCUGCUGCGGGAGAGCCAGGCUCACUGCGGCGCCGAGUGCGGGCGGCCGCCCCCGCCGCCCGACCCCGACCCCGCCGAGCUCCGUGCCUUCGGCCAGAUCCUGCAGCGGGCCGCCUGCCUCCGGCGCUGCAAGCGCUCGCUGCCCGUCUUCCAGCUCGCCCACCCGGAGAGGGAGACCCUCGUCCAGAUGGAGAACCGCGUCCCCUACAAGUACUUGGAGAGCGCCUUCUUCCAGCUGAACAACUUGGAGAAGUCCAUUGCUGCUGCCCACACCUUCCUGCAGAAGAAUCCGAAGGACGUGGCGAUGCAGAAGAAGAUGAAUUACUACAAGUCCAUCCCCGACAUCGAAACCUACCUUGUGGACGUGGAGGCUCGGGAGUACGAGGCGCUGUUCCUGAAGGCGGUGAAGGCCUACAACAACGGGAAUUUCCGCAGUAGCGUAACGGACAUGGAGCACGCUCUCCCGGAGUACUACAGGGCGCACCAGGAGUGCGUCAACGCCUGCGAGGAUUCCUGCGACGUCACCGACUUCAAGGAUUUCUAUCCGUCCGUAGCAGGACAUUUCGUGGAGACUGUCAAGUGCAAAGUGAAGUGCGUCCAGAACUUAACUCCCAACGUGGGCGGGUUCUUUGUGGAGAAGUUCGUGGCCACAAUGUACCACUACCUGCAGUUUGCCUACUACAAACUGAACGACAUUAAGAACGCCGUGUCCUGCGUGGCGACCUACAUGCUCUUUGACCCCGGCGACGAGAUCAUGCAGCAGAACGUGGUCUACUACCGAUUCUACCGGGAGAAGUGGGGCCUGCAGGAGGAGGAUUUCCAACCCAGGCUGGACGCCCAGAUCUAUUACAACCUGACCCGGCUACAGAACGAGCUACUGGAGUUCGCAGACAACUUCCUUCACCCAGAUGACGAGCAGAUGGAGGUGUCGGACGAGCCGGUGUCCGAGGGGCAGGGGGGGACCUCGGACUCGGAGUUCGAGGGGAUAGGGGACUACGAGGAGGCGAUCCUCGCCGACUGGUGGCAGGUGCCGAAGCAGAAGGGCGACGUGGACGAUGUGGCGGAGUAGCCGCGGACAGCCCGGGCCCGCGGGACUGGAAACACCCCCCCCCACCCCCCUUGGACUCCGCUGCGGGGGCAGUGAGGAGGGGGGCCGAGAGAGGAGCGUGCGUCGUCUUCCCCCGGGAGGCUGAGUUGGGAGGAGGGGUCCUGGCGCCCCGGAGAAAAAGAGUUCUGGAGUUUUGCAGAGCCAGGUCGCACUCGAAAACCCUCGCUGGCUGAUCAACCACCCUGCAUCUCCCAAGUCGGAUUCAGAUCAUUCUGCCCAUCGAGGCUGUUCCCCCCAUCCCAUCAUCCCUCUCAACCCGGUUCCUGCCUUCUCCCCGUCAUCUUUAACGCCAUGACUAAUCAAGAACCUAUCAACCUCCGCUUUAGACGUAUCCUUUAACUCUGCCUCCACAGCCGUCUGUGGCAAUGAAUACCAAAGUUUCACCACCUUCUGGCUGAAGAAAUUCCUCCUCAUCUUGGUUCUAAAGGGACGUCCCUCAAUUCUGAGGCUGUGCCCUCUGGUCCUAGACUCCCCCACUACAGGAAACAUCCUCUCCACAUCCACUCUACCUGUGCCCUCUGGUCCUAGACUCCCCCACUAUAGGAAACAUCCUCUCCACAUCCACUCUAUCUGUGUCCUCUGGUCCUAGACUCCCACACUAUAGGAACCACCCUCUCCACAUCCACUCCAUCUGUGUCCUCUGGUCCUAGACUCCCCCCACUACAGGAAUCAUCCUCUCCACAUCCACUCUAUCUGUGUCCUCUGGUCCUAGACCCCCCCACUAUAGGAAACAUCCUCUCCACAUCCACUCUAUCUGUGUCCUCUGGACCUAGACUCCCCCACUAUAGGAAACAUCCUCUCCACAUCCACUCUGUCUGUGUCCUCUGGUCCCAGACUCCCCCACUAUAGGAAACAUCCUCUCCACAUCCACUCUGUCUGUGUCCUCUGGUCCGAGACUCCCCACUAUAGGAAUCAUCCUCUCCACAUCCACUCUAUCUGUGUCCUCUGGUCCUAGACUCCCCCACUGUAGGAAACAUCCUCUCCACAUCCACUCUAUCUGUGUCCUCUGGUCCUAGACUCCCCCACUACAGGAAACAUCCUCUCCACAUCCAAUCUAUCUGUGUCCUCUGGUCCUAGACUCCCCCACUAUAGGAAACAUCCUCUCCACAUCCACGCUAUC